AUGAUGUCGUCGCAGCUUCUGCUUUCACCUUCUUGGCGACCUCACUCUUCUUUUCAUUCAGAUCUUGAUCAUUAUGAUCCAAAAAUAGAAGUUUAUGAAGGGGAACAUCACGACUUUUCUUCUUUAAUCGCUUCCGAGUCUGAAAACUCCUCAAAAUUUUCAUCGGCCAACUUCCCCACGUUAUCCUCUGAUUAUGAUCUUAUGCAUAACCCGUCAUCGGUAAUUAACAUGAAGGGGUUUGGUGAUGUUUGUGGAUGGUUGUGUGUUGAUGAUCAACAGAUGGAAGAGAUUCCAACCAAAAGGUCUAUCGGAGGUGACCAUGUAUUGAUGAGUCCCAACCAAAGCGACCAAUCCAGUGCGUCUUCCGUAUGUGCACCAUCAGAACAUCAGUCACCAAUGGAACAAACAGAUGAUUCCAUGGAAAGUGAGUCCCAAGAAGGAAUACAUAAUCUACUAAUGGCUUAUGCAGAUGCUAUGGGAAAGGGACAGGGAGAACUUGCCACAGUGAUAGUGAAAUGCAUAAGUGAAAAGACCAACACCAUUGGGUCACCCCUCGAACGCUUAGCCCUCAAUUUGUUCCAGCCAGAAGAAAAUCAAGGAGAAGCAUACCUUAAACAAGAAUCAAUAAGAAACUUCAAUCCAGCAUUCAGAGCCUUCUACGAUAUCUUUCCUUAUGGUCGGUUUGCUCAUUUUACAUCGAGUUCAGUCAUCCUUCAAGCAGUUCCCACCUAUGUUGACUCAGUUCACAUAAUUGACUUCGACAUAGGCGAAGGAACUCAAUGGCCUCCUGUGAUUGAAGCCAUGGCACGAGCAAAAAGAUCAUUAACCAUCACAAGUAUCAAACUAGAAGAGCAUGUCUCAGGAUUUGAGGAGACGAAGAGGCAGCUUCUUAACUAUGCAAGAACUUUUUGUCUAAAUUUGAUGGUAGCAGAGAUGGAAUUGUCACAAAUGGUGAAAGGAAUUGGAGGCAGAAAUUCUGGAAAUAAAUUCCUGGCCUUUAACUGUAUGGUUGGCCUUCCACAUAUGGGAAGGACAAGAAGAACAACUCAAGUUUUAGAGUUUAUAAAUAUAGCCAAAAGAAUUUUAGCGAAAAACAAAGGCAUCAUAACCUUUGGAGAUGGAGAAGAAAGUGAAAGAAUGGGGAAUUCCCCAGACUACGCUUCAUUCUUUAACAAACAUUUGGCACACUACAAAGCGCUGUACGAAUCAAUGGAAUGGGGUUUUCCUAGUUAUCUCAAUGAAGCGAGGAUAGCUAUGGAGACUCUUUUUCUUGCGCCUUAUGUAUCAUCUUUCUCUUGGUUCCAAAAAUGGAAAGAACAAAGAGAAGACAUGGUUUUCCAAGAGGGUUUCGGUUUAAAAGGUGAACGGAUGACCAUGGAAAGCCGGAAUGAAGCUAGAGAAAUGGUAAGGGAAGGAGAAACUCCAUACAAGAUUAGAGUUGAAGGAGAUGAUCAUAAUGAAAUGGUGUUGGAAUGGAGAGAAAUUCCAUUAGUUAGAGUUUCGGCUUGGAGACAAAUCAAAUAA